AUGGAAACUAUACACCUCGGUAUUUUCGUGAUACUGAUUCAAGUUGAGAAGGAACACGUCUUUUUCGAGAUACAUGGUCAAGGUGUUGAGGAUGAACCCAAAGACAUAUUAGAAAUCAACAAAUACACAGGGGAUAUUACUGUCACUGGCCCUGUGGACUAUGAGCAGUUCAAAGUUUUAAAGCUGUCUUUUCAGGCAUAUGACAGAGACAGCCACACAUUAGACACAGCACUGGGCGUUGAGGUACGGAUCACUGACGUUAACGACAACCCUCCAAAGUUUGACAAUGAAAAGUAUGAAAUCAGCAUCAAAGAAUCGACACCACAAGGCACUGCGGUGAUUACCCUUAAGGCAUCAGAUGCUGACAUCAGUGAGAAAUAUAAUACAUUUGAUUUACGAAUAGUCUCAGUCACUCCUAAACCACAGGACCUGCAAUUUUACCUAAGCCAAGUCUCCGACAGUCAAACUGGAACCAUUUCAUUUAAAGGGUGUUUGGACUAUGAGAAAUCAGAAAGAUACACCAUUAUAGUGGAGGCCAAAGACCGUGGAGAAGAAGUACAGCUCUCCAGCUCUGGCACUGUCAUAAUCCACAUAGAAGAUGGAAAUAACCACGUUCCAGAGAUCACAGGACUAACAGGCCCAAGGAGAGUGAAAGAAGGACAGCAAGGUGUUCUUGUUUCACGUCUGCAAGUUGCAGACAAAGACACCAAGGGUACACCGGCCUGGAGAGCAAAAUAUCAAAUUCAUGGAGAUACAAACAACAACUUCAGAAUCACUACUGAUACCGAGACAAAUGAGGGACUACUGUAUUUGGAAAAGCCUCUGGACUAUGAAAAUGAGCCUCUGAAGAUUGUGAAUAUCAGUGUGGAGAAUGAAAUUCCCCUUUUUUCUUGCAAAGUGGAGACUCGUGGCACCAGCACCACUGGUCUUUGGAAAGUCAUUUAUGGUGAUGCUGGGACGAUGCGGGUGAUGGGUCCAUCCACCCACCAAGUGACAGUGACUGUGGAGGAUGUCAAUGAGCCUCCAAUCUUCGAUGAACCUAAUAAACAUGUCAGUUUGGUUGAGAAUGUUGCAGCGGGACACCUUCUGACAACAUUUACAGCUAGAGACCCUGACGUCAACAAUACAUUGGUAUAUAAAAAAGGAGAGGAUCCAGCUGGUUGGUUUACAGUGGACUCUGGAAAUGGGCAAAUAACCACAAUAAAGGGCAUAGACAGAGAGUCGAGCUUUGUGAACGACAACAUCUAUGUGGUCACAGUAUAUGCUGUUGACAGUGGUGAGCCUCCAAUGACGGGCACCGCAACCCUCAGCGUUCAUAUUACAGAUGAGAAUGACAAUGUUCCAAUACUGACUGCAAGCACAAUUGACAUGUGCCAAUCUCAGGGACCCUCUCGGGCCAACAUCACAGCUGUGGACCUGGAUCAGCAGCCCUACAGUGGACCUUUCAGCUUCAAGCUCCAUGGAGAUGUUAAGGGCCAGUGGAAGGUUGACCCUGUGCAAGGAUAUUCGGUCAAUUUAGUGAAAGAGAACACAGUUCAUUCUGGACAUUAUGAGCUGCUGCUGGAAGUGUCUGAUCUCCAGGGAAAGGCUGCUGUCCACAACUUGUCAGUUACUGUGUGCAACUGCUUAGACACAGCAAAGCCAAAUUGUCGCUUCCGUAAAUCUACUGCCUCUGCAUCAGGAGGAGGAGUGCUUGGGAUAAUUUUAUUUUGCAUACUACUGCUUGCAGGUAUGCUACUUCUGGCUUUUCUGAUGAAAUGUAAGAAAAAGCAUGCAGAAAUACCAGAUCAUGGUUUAGGACAACAACUGAUGAAAAGUAACACUGAGAAGUUGGGAAAUGACUGUGAAGUGGAGUUUGACUCAUACAGUCAGAAUGGGGGACAAAUCAAAACAGUAUCUCAAGUGACAAGGAAGCCAUCAUUCAAUAAACCACCAGUGUUCAUUGAACAUGCCAGCUCAGGGUACGGCGUGCCCAGAGCUGAAAUCCUAACUCAAAGGAACCCUUUUCACUGGGGGAUAAAUGACUCUGUAAGUGAAGCAUCACAAACACGCACUGAAUGCUACCUGUCCCAAGGAAAAAGCUCAGGGGAACAACCCUUCUUGGGCAGAAACUCCGCACGUUGGUCAAUAGCUGCAUCAUCACCCACAAGAAUGAGAUAUGAGCACAGAAACUCUCUGCGUGGGAGACAGCUGGGACACAGUAAAUACUCUGCAGAUCAAGAGAAUGUAAUCCAACAAGAAUUGCUGGUCAAAGUGCUAAAUAAGAUGCUAUGCACUCUCCAGGCACCGGGAGAGGAGCUGGGUGACUAUGCUCCACAUGCGUAUGCUGAGGAGGGAGACAUAGAGAACAGCUCUGAGCUUGAUGCCAUCUCCAUCCCUGAUGUUUCCUUCGACCCAGACAAGGACCUGAACCUGGAUUUGAAUUUCAGUAAUCUGGCCUCUGUCUGCAUACCUGAUGAAAGGACCUAAUACAGCGUCACAAAAAAACAUCCGCCAGUGACUCUGAUCCAAGUACAAAGUCAUAAACCUCAAUCACAUUUGUAAAUUACAUUAUAAAACCAAUCCCAGCUGACAUUGGCCUUAAUAAAAUUUAAGUCACUACAGUUCGUGAGGAGCUGUCAGUUUUCAAAUUGACAAAUUCUUUAGGAGGCAAACUGUCAAAAGCCAGGUGUGUUACUGUGUAAAUAAAGCACUUCCAAAGAAGGGUGAUUACACAUGCAGCUGAUACAUCAGAAUUUCAAAGUCCAGUCAGUCACCACCUUCUUACCAAACUGGAUUUGUGUGAGGGCGUGUUUGUGAAAGCGUAUAUCCAUCCAUCCAUGAUCAGAAAAAUGAAAACCUAUGACAUGUAGGUUCAGAUAUACUGUAUUUGGAUUGUUUAGCAUUUGAAUUUAUACUAAAGUCUUGUGUCACAUAAUAUGUUCUUUUCACUACAGGCAGAGUACCUAGCUUCUCUUUGGAACAUUUAACAAAAUGUAUGUUACUAAGUUUUUGGCUUCACUUUUUUUUAUGAUACGUCUUAAGAUUCAGCGUGAGUUGUUCAUUCACUGUUUUAUUCGUUGCUAUACUUAUAGUAGAUAACAGAGUAUAAGUCACUACAGUUCAUGAGGAGUUCUUUAGGAAUUCUUUAGGAAUGCAAACUGUUUUCUACAUGACUGUCACAAACAAGGUGUGUUACUGUGUAAAUAAAGCACUUCCAAAGAAGGGUGAUUACACAUGCAGCUGAUGCAUCACAAUUUCAGAUUAAGUCCAGUCAGUCACCACCAUCUUACCAAACUGGAUUUGUGUGAGGGCAUGUUUGUGAAAGCGUAUAUCCAUCCAUCCAUCCAUUAAUGAU